CCAGGACUUUAUAGCUAUAAUUCUACCAGGAGUUUUAACAAGAAUAAAACCUCGUAAUAUUCAAAGUAAGCAAAGAAAGCAAAUUGCUGGAAGAGGGGCGGCAAAUUGCUCAGCCUGCGAGAAGGCAGGAAUCUUUGGUGAAUUUGGGGGAUUUCAUCCGCUUAGCUUUAUGCAGAAAAGAACCAAGGUAUUUCAGUGGCAAUUUGGAAUGCUUCAUUCUCAACAGAUCUUCCAGUUUAGCAAUUCUCCUCAGUUAUUUUGCUUGAAACAAAUGUGCUCUUGCAAUUCACACUUUGACCUGAAACUAGUUGAUACUCCUCGAGGGUGUUGCUUUCAUUCAUAGGGCCAGAUUCUUGAUGAAAAAGGUCUGAGAAAUACUGAACUGCAGCUGUGUCUAUAUCCUCCUGAUCAGAAAGCACAUUACCAGCUAAGUCUCUGAUUUGAAGUAUUUGCUGCUUCUUUCUUCUAAUUUUGACACAAUAGUGAAAGAAAUCUGUAUUUGCAUCUCCUUCCUGCAUCCAUUUUACCCUUGCUUUCUGUUUUCAAAACUUGUGUACCUGUUUGUGUUUAGCGAGUAAAAUACUUUGGUUAAAAGACAAUUCUUCCCUAUUAUUAACUGAGGGAUCAGAUUGGUAUUUAAUUUCAGCCUUCUGAACCUUUUCUUCAGAUAUAUUACCAAAUUGCUCUAUAUUCCACUUUCUGAUAUCCUCUUUUAGACCUUUUAGCUUAAUACAAAGCCGACACAUGCCACCGCCAGUAGAAUGCCUUUGCCAACUAGAAUUGACAAUAUUUUAAAAAUCCUUAUGACGUAGCCACAUGAUUUGAAAUUUGAACAACUUGGGCCUCUGAACACAAGCAUUUUUGCAGGAUAUCAUGAUUGCAGCAUGAUCUGAAGAUGAACUGUUGAGAUUUUCCACUGAGAUGGUAUCAAAGCAGCCUAGAAAAGCAGUGUUGAACAGGCAUCUAUCAAGUCUCCUCCAUAAUCUCCCAUUAGAUCUUACCCCUGUCCAGAUGUUGUAGGCUCCUGUGAAGUCUCUUCCACAUUUACUGAUGCUGCGGGCUCCUGCCUAUCUAGACUAUUCACUUUGUUGCUUAGAUUCUCCCUCUCUGGAGCCUGAAUAUUCUCACAUUGAUCUGCAGGUAUCUGAGAAGGCCCUUCCACAUUCUCACUCUGAUUCUCUUUCCGUUGAAUAUCCUCGGCAUUCCUGACCAGGUCCUCUGUUCUCCUGGAAAUAUGGGGGAAGCUCCUCCUUCCAUUGGCUGAGAUUUUGAAUGAGGUCAACAGUAUCAAGAAAUUCCUCCUCAGAGUCUUCUCCGGUUUCAUCUUGAAUCACAACUUGAUCCAUACAGUUUUUGCUUAGAAGAGGAUGGGUCUGAAUUUUUUUUGUGUUUCUCGUAUAUGAUAAUGUCCUUCCCUUUUUCCUUAUCUGUUGAUCUCUGCAUUUUAGACUGACGUGAUGUAUUAUUAGCUGAUCCCCCCCUUAGGUUUGUAACCUGCUGUAAUAUGUGCUGAUCUGUGAUUGGGUAUAUAAAUAACAUGUCAUUUUUUAAAAAGUUUCAUACUAGAAUUUUCACCGUGCAUUGCAUUCAAAUAUGAUUGUUAUUCUUUGAAUUUUGUAUGCCCUUCAAUGACUUAUGGUUUCUUCUCUUUUAAUACGAUUCUGAUAUGCUAAUCUUGCUUUAUCAUGAAAAUUCUGUUCAGCCGGAAUCUUAUUCUUUAUUCCAAUCAUUAUAAUCUUUUUCUCACCAUUUCAGUUUCUGUUAAGUGAGGGGAGCCUAGAAAAGAGGAACUAAUUUAAUCCGUAUUUUUUAUCCUAUUCCUAUAUAGAAAGAUUUACAAAUCGAAUUUCUACUAAAGUUUGAUUCUUAUGUAUUUUUUAUCUUAAGAGUGUUGGUUAUUCCCAAGCUUACGUCUGGGAUUCAUUUAUAAUGAUAAUCUUCAUUUCUAUCCCGUGCGUUUAUCCCAGAGCUCUAAAGAUCUUCGUUCGGAUCUAUCUCCCAAGAGAAAAACGGCUUGGUGGUCAACUGUUUUGUGAGCUUGGGUUAGUAAGUUCCGUUUGUUUCUAUGAUGUCAGAGACUCAGAGCUAUAGGCCUCCAUUGCUCAGAAAAACUGUUUAGGAUUCUUAGCAUGUAUGAGCUUCUAACACAUCCUGUCCCAGAAAUCAACAUGUUAUAUUUUGAUGACUGUGCUACGAUGGAGUGGCGUGGCAUGCUAAAAAGUUUGGGUGUCUAUGCAAAGGCCACUUUUCUUGAUUUUGAAGCUGCUGUUGCAUCUAUCGUGACAAUUUAGAAGGAUUUGCAUGUUCAAUUCCUUAAAACUUAGUAGGAUUUGUCCUUCAAAGUUCAAAUUGGACUCUGAUUGUACAUUUAUAAGGAUUUAUGCGUUGGAUUCCUACUUAUUUUGACGUUUCUUAUGUAUUUUUCUACAUCUUUAGAGUUUUCUUAUUUCCAAACUUAUGUCGGGAAAUUCAAUUAUACUAGUUGCAUGUCGGAAUUCUG